UGGUGCGAGUGCGAGAGAGCAGCAACAGACCGGAUGAUAGAAUGAGAAUCAUUCUUGGAUGGAUAGUGGUAUCGCGGUAGAGUGAGGUUUCGGUCUAGAAAGGGUAGACUGGAAGCUGAGAAGAAGAGAGAGGCGCGGCGAGAAAGAGAGAGCGGGCGCGUGUGGCAAGGUCGGUGUGGCGUGAGGUGAAGUUUACGGACUUUAUUAAAGUGCAGUCGGCCGGGUUGAAAAAAACAAUCGACGGACAUAAUACGGCGCCCCGUGAAGUCCGAUGUCUAGUGCUGAGGUGGUGGAGAGCUCCGUUGACCCCCCAGCCAAGAAGCGACGCGUUGCUGCCACCACGGGAGGAGCCGACGACUCGACGACGAUCGCAGACAUGGCGAAAAAUGGCUCGACGUCCCGGGCUCCCGCCGAAAUCGACGAAGGUCUAUACUCCAGGCAGCUUUACGUCCUCGGCCAUGACGCUAUGCGUCGCAUGGCAUCCUCAGAUGUCCUGAUAUCCGGCCUCGGUGGUCUCGGCGUCGAAAUCGCCAAGAACGUCAUCCUCGGCGGCGUCAAGUCCGUUACCUUACACGAUGACGCGCUGUGCCAGAUCGCGGACCUCGGUUCGCAGUUCUAUCUGAAAGAGACAGACAUAGGUAAAAAUCGAGCUGCUGCAUGUUGUCAGCGCUUGUCCGAAUUGAAUAAUUAUGUCCCCACCCGUCACCAUUCUGGACCUUUAACCGAUUCAUACAUUAAAAAGUUUAAGGUCGUCAUUCUGACGGAAACUCCAUUGAAGGAGCAAUUGCGCAUCUCUGAAAUUACCCACGCAAAUGAUAUAGCACUUAUUAUAGCAGAUACCAGAGGCUUAUUCUCUCAAGUAUUCUGCGAUUUUGGGGAAUCGUUCACAGUAGUCGAUACUAACGGCGAACCACCGGUAAGCGCGAUGGUUGCUAGCAUCUCUCAAGAUGCCGAGGGCGUCGUUACAUGUUUGGAUGACACGCGUCAUGGCAUGGAGGAUGGUGACUAUGUCACGUUUUCUGAAGUGCAAGGAAUGACAGAGUUGAAUGGUUGCGAACCAAUCAAGAUAAAAGUUCUCGGCCCGUACACUUUCAGCAUCGGCGAUACAUCUAAAUAUUCCGAAUACAUACGCGGUGGCGUCGUAACGCAAGUAAAAAUGCCAAAGAUCCUACGUUUUUCUUCUUUGGCAGAGGCUUUAAAGAAGCCCGAGUUCCAAAUUACAGAUUUUGGAAAGUUUGAUUAUCCGGAGCAGAUGCAUUUGGCUUUCAUGGUGUUGCACCGUUACGCGGAAACAAAAGGCAGAUUACCUAAGCCAUGGAAUCAAGAGGACGCAGAUGAAUUUUUAGCUCUAGCUAAAGCUGUAAAAGAAGAGAUAGGCAGUGAAACUGAAAUCAAUACAGAACUGUUUGAUAUAUUUGCAAAGAUAUCUUCUGGUAAUUUAAAUCCAAUGAAUGCUACCAUUGGAGGAAUUGUAGCUCAGGAAGCUAUGAAAGCUUGUUCUGGAAAAUUCCAUCCUAUAUAUCAGUGGUUGUACUUUGAUGCUAUCGAGUGUUUACCUGCAGAUCGCUCUGAACUUACAGAAGAAGAUUGUUGUCCCACUGGAUCGCGUUAUGAUUCACAAAUCGCCGUUUUCGGCCGUAAAUUCCAGUCAAAGAUUGGAAAUCUAAAAUACUUUGUCGUAGGAGCAGGAGCUAUUGGUUGUGAAUUGCUCAAGAACUUCGCAAUGUUAGGUGUUGGUGCUCAGAAUGGUAGCGUCACGAUCACUGACAUGGAUUUGAUAGAAAAAUCUAACUUGAACAGACAAUUCUUAUUCCGGCCAUCCGAUGUUCAACAAUCAAAAUCAUCAACAGCGGCUAGAGUUAUAAAAGGCAUGAAUCCAGAGAUGAAAGUAAUUGCUCACGAAAACAGAGUUUGUCCCGAAACAGAAAAGAUAUAUAACGAUGACUUCUUCGAGGUCUUGGACGGAGUCGCAAAUGCUUUAGAUAACGUUAAUGCUCGUAUUUAUAUGGAUCGUCGUUGUGUGUAUUAUAGAAAACCUCUCUUGGAAUCUGGUACUUUAGGUACAAAGGGCAAUACUCAAGUUGUUGUUCCAUUCUUAACCGAAUCUUACAGCUCGUCUCAGGAUCCGCCAGAGAAAAGUAUACCGAUUUGCACGUUGAAAAACUUCCCCAAUGCCAUAGAACAUACUCUACAAUGGGCCAGAGAUAACUUCGAAGGUUUAUUCCGUCAGGCCGCGGAGAAUGCCGCUCAAUAUAUAUCUGAUCCACAGUUCGUAGACAGAACGCUAAAACUGCCCGGAGUUCAGCCUUUGGAAGUGUUAGAAUCCGUUAAAAUAGCACUGGUCGACGAGAGACCAAAGGGCUUCGCAGAUUGCGUCGCUUGGGCUCGUUGUCAUUGGCAGGAGCAGUAUAGCAAUCAGAUUAGACAACUUCUAUUCAACUUCCCACCUGAUCAAGUAACAUCCAGUGGUCAACCAUUCUGGUCUGGACCUAAACGAUGCCCCGAUCCGCUCACGUUCGACGUUAACGAUCCAUUGCAUUUAGAUUACAUCGUAGCUGCUGCUAACUUGAAAGCAAAAGUCUACGGUAUUCCCAUAAACAGAAACCGGGAGGAAAUUGCUAGGAUCGUGAGUACCGUAAAAGUACCAGAAUUCACGCCAAAGUCUGGAGUGAAAAUCGCCGAGACGGACUCAAUGGUUCAAGUAUUAAAUGGAAGCGGGAACAUCGACCACGAGAGACUCACUCAGUUACAAGAAGAAUUGCCGAAGAUCGACGAACUCAAUGGUCUAGUGAUUUAUCCGCAAGAAUUCGAAAAGGACGACGAUUCUAAUUUCCAUAUAGACUUCAUCGUGGCUGCUUCAAAUCUCCGUGCUACUAACUACAAAAUUCCACCUGCUGAUAGACAUAAGAGCAAACUCAUCGCUGGUAAAAUCAUACCAGCAAUCGCUACUACCACCUCAGUGGUGGCUGGUUUAGUAUGUCUUGAAUUGAUCAAGCUAACUCGUGGCGUCAGAGAUUUGUCCAUCUACAAGAACGGUUUCAUUAAUCUGGCUCUACCGUUCUUCGGGUUCUCCGAACCUAUCGCUGCGCCGAAAUUGAAAUAUUACGACACAGAGUGGACUCUGUGGGACCGGUUUGAAGUUAAGGGAGAAUUGACGCUCAAAGAAUUCUUGGAUUACUUCAAAGAACAUCACAAUCUGGAGGUCACUAUGUUGUCUCAAGGUGUCUGCAUGCUUCACUCGUUCUUCAUGGCAAAACCUAAAUGCCAGGAACGUAUGGGUCUCCUAAUGACAGAGGUGGUGAAGAAGGUGUCGAAGAAGAAGCUGGAACCCCAUGUACGCGCGCUGGUAUUCGAACUCUGCUGUAAUGAUUCUGAUGGUAACGAUGUAGAAGUACCGUAUGUUCGUUACACCUUGCCCUGAAGCUCGAUGGAAUCACCGGAUAAUGAGAGAUGUCUACUUAACUGACUUAGCCGUAGUAAUUUCUACAAAUUUCUAUUUUACAAUACGGUACAGGAGAAUAUUAAUCUUUGUCUAUGUAAGGCUCUCAAAGUAAAGAUUCAUUUUUAUCGCCAAUGCUUUGUAGCAUUUAUAGGAAGCGAGCACGACGGGAUCCACUGAGUUUAUCUUACUAUGAUCUCCCUUUUACUAAAAGUCAACUUCGAGGCUGUUAUGUAACCAUUUCUUUUUUAUCCUACUCCCCCUAUGAUCCUUUAAUUCGUUUGAUACACGUUGCUAAAUAUAUUUCGUCUGCCUUCCGAUCAGCAGUGUUUCUCGAAAACAACAAGAACUAAAUAAUUCGAACUGUCGAUAAAAAGAUAAGCGGAUACAAAUUUGUACAAGAGAAUAUCUGCGCUAUACUGUUUUUGAAAUGUUAACAAAAAAAAAAAAAAAAGAAGAAGAAUAAGAUAACGAAGCUGCGAAAGAAUUUUAAACCGUGUUGGAUCAUAAGGGAAUUGUCAUGGUAAGAAUUUUCUUAGGGCUCACUCUUCACGAUUUUAUGUAUAGAAUCGAAUGUAAAUUACUGGAUGAUAACUCAAUGAUCCUUAGACGAAUAACGCUAGCACAGUUAAAAUAGACCAUAGAUAAACGUGAGAAUAAUGAGCGCAAAUAUAUCUUGCCUCCGUCGAAUUUUCGUUUUUUUUUUCUAUUUACACUUUGUAUUAUCAGAUGUGCGUAAAGCAAAACAAAAAAAAAUAUAUAAGUUACGAAUUUUUGUUCACCCUAUUUUUGCCUCUCGCUGUCAGAGUCGAUAUUUUAAGACUUUAUAUAACCGAUACGUUAUCAACAAUCAUAAUUUGUCCGCUUUAUUUUUCGUACACCGAAUGAACUAUUGGCUAAGGCUGGUUGUUGUUACAAAGGAUGCUGCAUUUAAAUUUGUAACACGAUUUGAAAGAAGCUUAAAUAAAAAAAAGAGUUGCACACUUUAGACCAAGGAAUACAAAAACAAAAAAAAAAGGAAGAUAUUUUGUUAAUUUUAGAAUAAUGCGGAUAUUUAUUGUAUUAUUUUAUCAAUAGAUAAUAAAUAGAUGUGUUUGGAUUUCAAGAGACAUGAGAAAUAUAGUAACGAAAAAUA